GACGGCGGUGUUUGUGGGAGUCGCAGCUGAACGGAGCAGCUGCAGGAACCAUGUCUUCUCUUCAGCCUCUGAGAGAGUUGAUCAACGAGCGACUAGCUGCUGCUGCUGAAGAAAUCUUCCGACUCUGUGAAGGAACCAUCGUCCAGUACGAGGAGGAGCUCUGUCGUCAGCGCAGACUGCAGGAUGUCGCCUGGAACCCGCAACUGCAGCUACAAGUUGCAGUCCUCCCCCAGCAUUGGGUGACUGAAGAGGAGGAUUCCUGCAACCAGCAAAGGAACUUCAGUGUGGAACGGGAAGAUCCAGAGCCUCCACAUUAUAAAGAGGAGCCUGAGGAACAAGAACCUCCACAUAUUAAAGAAGAACAGGGAGUACCAAAACCAUCACCGAUUAAAGAGGAGCCAGAUGAGCUAUUCAUCAGUCAGAAUGAUGAGCAGCUUGAUCUGAAGCAGGAGACUGAUACCUUGAUGGAGAUUCCUACUUAUGAGGAAGAUGAGAACAGUGAAGCAGACAUAAAUGAUCGGCAGAGCUUUAAUGUAACUGAUAGUCAGAAUGAAGAAGUAAACCAACAAGAAGAAUCAACAUCAACUACAGAUGAAGAGACAGACCCACAGUACAGAGAUCAGAGGACGAGAAGAGACAGAAGUCAUGUCCAAAGUCUGGACAGCUCUCACAUGUCAGCAAGUCAGUGUGACUCUGGUGUUAGAAAAAAUCCCAAGAAGGCAAGUUUGAUUAAGAAAUGCAAACAAUCUCCAAAAGUAGAGAGACUUUCCUCUAUCAUGUCUGGUGAAAGUUCAAGAAUAAUUAGUAAUCUGUCUGACUACAUGGGAACUGGGUCUGAUGAAAGAUGUUAUAUCUGUAAAGAAUGUGGUAAAAGCUUUUGUAACAUAUCUAUGUACAGAAUUCACAUUGGGAACCAUGCAGAUAAUAGAUCAUCUUGUAAAGAACAUGAUACAAGUUUUAAUCAAACAUCUAAUUUAAAAAGACACAAGAGAACUCACACAGGAAAAAAGGCUUUUCCUUGUAUAGAAUGUGAAAAAAGUUUUAGCACGGCAGCUCAUCUCAAAACACACAUGAGAACCCACACAGGAGAAAAGCCUUUUUCUUGUAAAGAAUGCGAUAAAAGUUUUAAUCAAAUAUCCAAUCUCAAAACACACAUGAGAACUCACACAGGAGAAAAGCCUUUUUUUUGUAAAGAAUGUAAUAAAAGUUUUCGUCAACUAUCUAAUCUCAAAACACAUAUGACAUCUCACACAGGAGAAAAAGCUUUUACUUGUACAGAAUGUAAUACAAGUUUUAAUCAAAUAUCUAAUUUCAAAACACACCUGAGAACUCACACAGGAGAAAAGCCUUUUUCUUGUAAAAAUUGUGAUAAAAGUUUUCGUCAGAUGUCUCAUCUCCGAGCACACAUGAUAACUCAUACAGGAGAGAAGGCUUUUUCUUGUAUAGAAUGUGAAAAAAGUUUUAGUACUGCAUCUCAUCUAAGAACACACAUGAGAACACACACAGGAGAAAGGCCUUUUUCUUGUAAAGCAUGUGAAAAAAGUUUUAGUCAAAUAUCUCAUCUGAAAAUACACAUGUCAUCUCACACAGGAGAAAAGCCUUUUUCUUGUAAAGAAUGUGAUUUAAGUUUUAUUACUGCAUCUCAUCUCACAACACACAUGAGAACUCACACAGGAGAGAGGCCUUUUUCUUGUAAAGAAUGUGAUUCAAGUUUUAUUACUGGAUCUCAUCUCAAAACACACAUGAGAAAACACACAGGAGAAAGGCCUUUUUCUUGUAGAGAAUGUGAUUCACGUUUUAGUCACAGAUCUAAUCUCAAAAGACACAUGACAACUCACACAGGACAGAAGCCUUUACAAUUUUGAUUUUUUUUUUUUUUUUUACAGGACAUUCAUGUUUAAAACUUCUGGGGUCAAACCCUAAUAGCCUAAUGAACUCCAUAGCAACCUCAGGUUUAAUUACAAGUACAGUCAUGGCAAAAAGUUUUGAAAAUGGCACACAUAUUACUUUUCACAAAGUCUGCUGCUAAACUGCUUUGAGAUCUUUAUUUCAGUUGUUUAGGUCAGUGGUCCCCAACCUUUUUGUCACCGCGGACCGGUACAACGCAAGACACGUUUACCGCCGACCGGUGGGGGGUGGGGUGGGGGUGGGUUGAGGUGCAGCGCAAGGCACGUUUACCGCUGCCUGUUAAAGGCAGAUUUCCGGAUUUUCCAGAUUUUUUAGCGGGUGCAGGUUCCUCUUCUGUCCCUUCAUUGGACCGUUUCCCCUUGUUUUUUGCUCAUUUUGGUUGUUUGGGUUUAAUUUUAGCGGGGUGUAUCACAUGAUUUUUGGUGUGUCGUGACUUUGACGUGCGUUAAGUGUGACGGAUGUAACAGAGAGAAUCCGGUCACUUUUUAAAAUAAAACUUUUUUUUCGAGAAAAACAAUAAAAUGGAAAUUAUUGUUUCUUUCUGUUCGUCCCGGUGCCAAGUGUCCCGCGGCCCGGUGGUUUGGGACCGCUGGUUUAGGUGAUGUACUGUAAAGGUAAUUUCAAGCACUUCAUAUGUUUCAAAGGCUUUUAUCGAAAAAUUACAUGAUAUUUAUGCAAAGACUCCGUAUUUGCAGUGUUGGCACUUCUUUUUCAGGACCUCUGCAAUCUGACUUGACAUGCUCUCAACCAAAUCCUGACUUAUAGCAUCCCAUUCUUUCAUCAACACUUCUUGUUUGUCCCCCUGCCUCUUCAAAAUUGACCACAAGCGCUCAAUGGGAUUAAGAUCUGGGGAGUUUCCAGGCCAUUGACCCAAAUUUUUUACGUUUGGUCCCAGAGCCGCUUAGUUAUCACAUUUGCCUCAUGGCACUGUGCUCCAUUGUGCUGGAAAAUGCUUUGUUCGUCACCAAACUGUUUUUGGAUUGUUGGAAGAAGUCGCUGUUGGAAGGUGUUUUGGCACCAUUCAGAAUACAGGGCUGUGUUUUUGGACAGAAUUGUGAGUGAGCCCACUCCCUUGGAUGAGAAGCAACCCCACACAUCACAAUCUGUCCCUGAUGGUUUUUUUGGAGAGAAGUGGCUUCUUUGUUGCCCUUCUUGACACCAGGCCAUCUUCCAAAAGUCUUUGCCUCACUAUGCGUGCAGAUGCGCUCACACCUGCCUGCUGCUUUUACUAAGCAAGCUCUGCACUGGUGGCACUCCUCUUUAGAAGAGGAUCCUGGCACCUGCUGGACUUUCUUGGACGUCCUGAAGCCUUCUUAACAAGAAUUGAACCUCUUUCUUUGAAGUUCUUAAUGAUCCUGAAAAUUGUUGAUUUAGGUGCAGACUUAGUAGCCACAAUACUCUUGCCUGUGAAGCCAUUUUUAUGCAACGCAAUGAUGACAAUGCAUGUUUCUUUGCAGGUCGACAUGGUUAACAAUGGAAGAACAAUAAUUUCAAUAAUCGCCCUCCUUUUGAUAUGUCAAGUCUGCCAUUCUAACCCAAUCAGCCUGGCAUCAUGAUCUCCAGCCUUGUGCUUGUCAACAUUCUCACCUGUAUUCUCACAAGACAAUUACUGAAAUGAUCUCAGCAGGCCCUUCAAUGACAGCAAUGAAAUGCAGUGGAGAUUUUUUAUUUCGGGAUUAAGUUAAUUUAUAUCGCAAAGAAGGACUCUACAAUUCAUCUGAUCACUCCUCAUAACAUUCUGGAGUGGAGUAAAUGCAAAUUUCUAAUAUAAAAACUUAAGCAGCAACCUUUCCAAUUUCCAAUAUUUAUGUAAUUCUCAAAACUUUUGGCCACGACUGUACACAGAGCAAUAGGCUGAUAGCCUCCAUACCACAUUGAUACAGUAAAUUUAUAAGAGGUGGGCACAAGUGAGUAUUUUAUGUGUAUAAAUGGUGUUUCUAAAGACUUUAAUUGUUUUGAUAUGAUAUUCUAACUUAGAACAGUUUUUUUUUAAGUUUUUACCAUCUCUAAUGGGAUUAGUGAAGAUUUCACUUUUAUUUCAACAAAAAGUAGGGACUUUAUGCUUUGUUAGGUCAAGUAACGAUUUAGUAGAGAUCAGUUUUGUUGAGACUUUAUUGAUGGUACUCCUCUUAUCGAUACUCCUAUUCAAUCCGGUAUUUUUGUCUGUAUUCUUAUUGAUACUUUUCUGUGUAAAAACAAGGAGGGAGAAGACACAUGAUCAAUAAAUACUAACGUGUCUUCGUAAUAAUUACAUACACCUUAAUGUAAUGACUUAGAUAAACAGUACAGUUAAGAACCAAAAUGCAGAGUUUAUCAAAUGGCCUCCUCACUGCAAAGAACAAGAACAGUGGAAAUAUAUUGAAAUAUAUAUAUAGCUGCUCUAGAUAUCUUGGAUGGUCAAAUGCUGUGCACCUUUCCGUUAGAAUCUGGUGUAUUUUAGUGCAGUGUCUGGACGGGUUACUGGUGUUACUGUCCUUAUAGCCACGCUUUUGUUACAUUUGAAACAGUGCGUGCCAUCUACAUCUACUUUAGUAAAAUACAGAUACACUUUGGACCUUUAUGCUCUCAGUCUCUCUUCCAUCUGCGUGCGUUUGUUGUCACUCGUCAUGCUUGUUUGAGUCAGAAAACAUGGAUAGCCCCACUCCCAUCACACUGGAGCAGGAGAAGUAACAAGGAUAAAGGGAGAGAGACGGCUAGUCUUUUUAAGACGCAUGGAAACAAAGUAGAGCAUGCUGUGUCCACAUUGUGUCAACGUCACUACGCCGGCACCAUUAAGCCAUACUGUUGAGGCUGGAACUUGUCGUUCUGGUGAGCAUUGAUGACGUGGUACCGGUACAAAAGGGUACCGGUUUCAGUACUGCAUCCCCACCAAUUAGUCAGGAAAGAUUUUCCUAAAAAUGUAUUAAGCGGAUAAAGAACCAGAGUGGUGUUUCUGUCUUGUGUGUUUGUCAUGUUUUUUCAGUAGAGAUUAUAAUUAGAUAUCUGUUCUUUGUACUUCUCAGUGUUCUGUCCCAAUCUUUACUGUGAAGAAUAAAGUGGAAUAAAAUGGAUGUGAACACCA